AUGAAUGCAAAAAUCAUCCUGAUAUUUACCUCUACCUGUAUUAUAAGCCUGGAUGCCUGUGGACCAUUUACACCAAAACAUACUGCAUGUCAAAUGUGCAAACCCUUUGAGACAAACUUAAUAAGAAGGAAUUCUUCCUUUGUAUUCGUGGAAAAAAUAACAGUAUCAUAUGGGAUGAAUAAUGAUAAAUGCAAAUUUGCAGUAUUGCAAUGCUCAAAUCCUGCAGCAAAAGACAUUCUAAUAGAGUGGUAUGAUCAAUCUGGUACAGGUGUUGGAAUUACUGGUGUGAUCACAUAUACCCUCAAAGUAAUUGCUUUAAUUACUUGUGAUUACAAUUCGCAAUGGAUUUUAACGGAAAAUGAUCAAACUGAAAUUAUUCAAUCGGCAACAUGUGAAUACAUACAAUAA